GACUUCUGCGCGCUACAACAGUGAAGAAUUUACAAUCUGGCUCUUGAAGGAAUACACUUUGUUUUGAUGGGCGAGAGGUUGAUGAGUCGUAGACGCGGAUUGUGAUGACGUUUUACACAGAGUCUGGGGACGCUUGGUGGUUGCCGGUUUCGUGUGCGCAGUCGCCGCUGGUUUUGUGGCCUCCAGCGGGUGGAGCGGACGAGGUUUGUCAGUUGUGUGAGCAACGUAUAGAAUGAGCUGUUCGGCGCCGCUGUGGGUUCGUUAGUGGUUUGUGUGCUCGGCAAGAUGAACUGGAUUUUCCCGUCGUCCAAAGGCAGCGGCAGUGGCUCCGGACACCUGCCGCCUCUCACCAGUUUACAACAGCAGCGCCAGCGGCAGAUAGAGUCGGUGAAAAGCUCGCACAACAGUAUAGUGGAAAUACAGAAGGAUGUGGAAUACAGGCUGCCAUUUACAGUAAACAAUAAAACAAUCAAUUUAAACAUCUUUCUUCCUCCGCAGUUUCCACAAGAGAAGCCCGUGAUCACAGUUUUCCCUCCAGUGAGGCACCAUCUAGUAGAUCUACAUUCUGCAACAUACGUGAAAAGCCCACUAAUUACAAAUAUGUUCUUUGAAGAUCACAUUGAUGAUGCCAAAUAUUGUGGCCACCUGUAUGGUCUUGGCUCAGGUUCAUCCUAUGUUCAGAAUGGUACGGGAAAUGCAUAUGAAGAAGAAGCCAAUAAACAGCAGCCUUGA